CAACCUUUCGUUCUCAUUCUCCUCUGUAUAUAUUCGCUUUACGCAUGCGCACGGUCACAUGGCCUUUUAUGUUUGUAUUUUGAAAUUGUAGAGGGAAGUAUUGUCGCCGUAAAAAUGCCUUAUGCUAACCAACCGAUCAUCAGAAUUAGUGAACUGAAUGAAGAAAAUAUAAAGUUUAUUUUAGAGAAUACAGAUCUAAGCAUGGCAAAUGCCCUACGAAGGAUAUUUAUUGCUGAAACCCCAACAAUAGCCAUCGACUGGGUUCAAAUUGAAAAUAAUACCUCUGUACUUCAUGAUGAAUUCAUUGCCCAUCGACUUGGUUUGAUACCUUUAAAAAGUGAUGAUUUUGUGGAUGGAAUGAGUUAUUGUCGAGACUGCAUGUGUGAGGAGUUUUGUAAUGAAUGUUCAGUGGAGCUGACCUUGGAUGUUAAAUGCAUUGAUGAGCAAACCCGCCAUGUGACCACACGGGACCUUAUUUCAUCAAAUCCUCAGGUCAUGCCGGCAACAUCAAGUGACCAUGACAACGAUGGUGAAGACAAAGAUAUUCUUAUUGUGAAACUACGGAAAGGACAGGAACUAAAGUUACAUGCCUUUGCCAAGAAGGGGUUUGCAAAAGAGCAUGCAAAAUGGAAUCCUACGGCUGGUGUUGCAUUUGAGUAUGAUCCUGACAAUGCUCUCAGACACACAACUUAUCCCAAAGUCGAGGAAUGGCCGAAAAGUGAAUAUUCGCUGUUGGAAGAGGAUGAAUACCAAGCGCCGUUUGAUCCAACAGGAAGGCCGGACAAAUUCUUCUUUAACGUUGAGAGUUGUGGUUCCUUACGUCCAGAAAACAUUGUUUUGUCUGGUUUGUCCAUCUUAAAGAAGAAACUAAGUGAUCUUCAGACUCAACACAGCCAAGAAAUAGCUGCAGACGCCCUCACGAUUACACAUUAAAUCUUUGAGUAGGCCUUCUGUGUACUGGCAAUACCUUAAGUGACCAAAAGAUCUUAAAUCACAUCCACUGCAUCACACUUCUUCAACUGUUCACCACUAAAAGCAGGAUAUACAACUUUUGCCUGGCAAAAAAUAAAGGGUUGGCAAUCUUUCCUACAAAGUAAGAUGUCUUCACUUUCUUAAAACCCAAAUGAAUGUGAAGUUUCACUGAAUAAUGACAAUAACUCGAGCAUCAUAAUAAUUUAUAACCACUUUAAUGUUAAAUAAAAAGUAUGUAAGAAUAUGUUUUA